AUGUUUUUAAGAAAGAAACCUCCUCAAUUAACUUUAGAAGAACUUCAACAAACUUAUAAUGAUUGUUGUGAUCAAACUAUAAAAAAUCUUUCAUUAGAAGAAGAUAAUCAAAUCGAAGAAGCUUUAAAAGGUUGGAAAAGUUUACAUACUACUUUAUUAUAUAAAUUAGAUUUAUUUGAGAAAAUUAAUAUAAUUAAAUUAGGUUCUGAAGAAACAACUAUUAUAAAAGAAUUACGUGGUAUUAGAGAUCAAAAUGUAAAACAUUUAAUUAGAGUUCAAUUAAGAUUAGAUGAAGUUAAAAGAAGAAAAAAAAGAGAACAAGCUCAAGUUGCAGCAAAUUAUAAUAGUUAUAAUAAUUAUAAUAAUAAUCAAACCUCAUCAUCUUCAAGAAUUAAUCAACCACAAAGAUCGAUGAUGAAAUCAUUACGUCCUUCAUCAAAUGGUUCAAAUUCGAGAUUAAAAAUUUCUCAAAAAACCCAACCACAAGCUUCUCAAGCUGCAACUAUUUCAUGGAAAAAACCAGUUACAUCAAAACAACAAUUUGAAAUAAGUAAAUCAAAAUUAAAUAAAGCAAAAGAAGAUUUAUUUGCUGAUUUUGAUCAAGAUACAUAUACAAAUUCAAAUUCAAAUUCUAAUUCUAAUUCAAAUUCAAAUUGGGAAAAAAUAGAUUCAAGAACAUCAUCUAAUUUAUCAGAAUAUUCAGAUGCACCAGAUAAUAAUUUAAUUGAUUUAGAUGAUGAUAUAAAUUUUAAAGAUGAUAAUCUAUCUAGAUCUAUGGAUGAUUUAACUAUAAAACCAAUACUAGAACCAAAAAGAAAAUCAAUAGAGAAUAAUAAUAUUUCAAAAAGUACGUCAGAUAUACCUAAAAAACCAUAUAUUUAUAAUAAACCAAAACCAUUAAAUUUACAAAAAUUAAUGCAACAACUGAAUAAUAAAAAACUAAUACCACAAACAAAAUCAAAAUCUAAUAUAACGUAUAAUUAUGUAAAACCAACUCCAGCCAAAAAGCCAAGACCAAAAAUCAAUGGCAAAACACCACCACCACCACCACCACCAGCCCCACCGCCACCACAAACAACUCAAGUAUCACCAAAAGAAGUUAGUAGUCCAACAAUGGAUGAUUUAUUGAGUGGAUAUGAUGAUACCCCAAUAUCCAACACAUUAACCAAUGAAAAAGAACAAGAUAAGCUAAUUCUGUCAAUAAGAGGUAUUGAUCCAAUUGCAGCAAAACAAAUACUAAAUAAUGUUGUUGUACAUGGAGAUGAAGUUUAUUGGGAUGAUAUAGUAGGACUAGAAAAUGCCAAAAAUUCAUUAAAAGAAGCUGUUGUUUAUCCAUUUCUAAGACCAGAUUUAUUUAAAGGUUUAAGAGAACCAACAAGAGGUAUGUUAUUAUUUGGACCACCAGGAACAGGUAAAACAAUGCUCGCAAGAGCAGUUGCAACUGAAUCUCAAUCAACAUUUUUCAGUAUAAGUUCAUCAUCAUUAACAUCGAAAUAUCUUGGAGAAUCUGAAAAAUUAGUUAAAGCUUUAUUUUUAUUAGCUAAAAAAUUAGCACCAUCAAUUGUAUUUAUGGAUGAAAUUGAUUCUCUAUUAAGUUCAAGAACAGAAGGAGAAGUUGAAAGUACAAGAAGAAUUAAAAAUGAAUUUUUAGUUCAAUGGUCUGAAUUAUCAAGUGCUGCAGCUGGUAGAGAAGCAGGGAAUGAAGAUGUUUCAAGAGUUUUAAUAUUAGGUGCAACUAAUUUACCUUGGUCAAUUGAUGAAGCAGCAAGAAGAAGAUUUGUAAGGAGGCAAUAUAUACCAUUACCUGAAGAUGAAGCAAGAAUAUCACAAAUUAAAAAAUUAUUACAAUAUCAAAAAAAUACACUAAUUGAAGAAGAUUAUCAAAAAUUAAUAAAUUUAACUCAAGGUUUUAGUGGUAGUGAUAUAACCGCAUUAGCAAAAGAUUCAGCAAUGGGACCUUUAAGAUCAUUAGGUGAUCAACUAUUACUGACUCCAACAGAACAAAUUAGACCAAUAAAUUUAAAUGAUUUUGAAUCAAGUUUAAAAUAUAUCAGACCAAGUGUUUCAAAAGAAGGAUUACAACAAUAUGAGGAUUGGGCAACGCAAUAUGGUUCAAGUGGAGCUUAA